AUGAUGAUAGCUAAUCCACUGAAUGAUCUGAAAGCGGAGUUCCAACAAUACGUAAGCCAAUUAGAAGGAGUAGACGAACUCUUUAUUCCUGGAUCGCUUCGUUAUUGUAUUUUUUUGGAGAACAACACAAAAAUAAUGAUUUUUGGAGUUCGUGUUCAAUUUGGUUCUAGAGACUUCUUUGAGCUAGUAGUAAAAGUGAUUACCGACACCACCCGAGAAUAA